ACAACGGAAUGGGCAAUGGCCAAGCUACUGUGCAACCAAGAAGUCCUCUCGAAAGCUCAAUCUGAACUCGAGCAAGUGAUUGGAAAAGGAAAGCUAGUUGAGGAAUCAGAGAUUGUUCGCCUCCCUUACUUACAAGCAGUAAUCAAAGAAACAUGUCGGCUUCACCCAACAUUUCCGAUGCUACUCCCCCGUAAAGCAGGAGCUAACAUAGAAAUCGGCGGGUGUAUUAUCCCAAAGGAUGCACAAGUUCUAAUCAGUGUUUGUGCCAUUGGCAGAGAUCCCCUUACAUGGGAGAACCCAAACUUGUUCAAGCCGGAGAGGUUCUUAGGAUUAGAGAACCAAAUUGAUGUUACCGGAAGAUACUUUGAGCUUAUUCCAUUUGGAGGUGGGAGGAGAGUAUGUCCUGGAUUGCCAUUGGCAAUAAGAAUGUUACAGUUGAUGUUGGGUUCACUACUCAACAACUUUGAGUGGAAGCUUGAAGAUGGAGUCGUCCCCGAUACCAUGAACAUGGAAGAGAAGUUUGGCCUAACCCUGCAAAAGGCUCAGCCUCUGAGGGCUGUGCCCAAGAAGUCAUAG